AUGUCCGUCCCAACCUUUACACUCAACACCGGCGCGAAGAUUCCUGCUAUCGGGUUAGGAACAUGGCAGAGUGACCCAGGCCAGGUCGCAAAAGCAGUAGAGCACGCCUUGAAGUCUGGAUAUCGUCACAUCGACUGUGCUUUCGUGUAUGGCAACGAGAGUGAGGUUGGUGAAGGAAUCAUAGCAGCGCUCGAUGCCGGCGUCUGCAAAAGAGAGGACAUCUUCGUGACCAGCAAGUUAUGGUGUACAUACCACCGCAAUCCGGAAGACUGCUUGGACGAGGGCCUGAAGAGAUUGGGCCUGGAGUAUGUGGACUUGUAUCUCAUGCACUGGCCGGUACCUAUGAGCUCGAAAGGCAAUCAUCCGCUAUUUCCAAAGCACGAGGAUGGAUCAAGAGAUCUCGAUACUGAGUGGUCGCAUCCAAAGACAUGGAAGGAGAUGGAGAAGCUGCUGAAGACUGGCAAGGCCAAGGCUAUUGGUGUGAGCAACUACAGCGUAAAGUUCCUCGAGGAGCUGCUGCCAAAUUGCGAAAUCACACCAGCUGCAAACCAGAUCGAGAACCACCCAUAUCUACCACAGCAGGAGAUCUCGAAUUUCUGCCGGGAGAAGGGCAUCUUGGUUGAGGCGUACAGCCCACUUGGCAGUACUGGAAGUCCACUGUUCAAGGAGGAAGGUGUACAGGAAGUAGCGAAGAAGCAUAGUGUGGGCGAGGGCACUGUCUUGAUCAGCUACCAAGGCGAGUUGUCGAGAGGCCAUGCAGUGUUGCCAAAGUCUGUGACAUCGACACGCAUCGAGGAGAACCUCAAGACUGUCAAGCUGGACUCUUCUGACCUCGCGACCCUCGACAAAGUUCAUGAGAAGAAGGGUUUGAUGCGCUUCGUGUACCCUGCCUUCGGUGUGAACCUCGGAUUCCCUGACAAGCAAUAG